AUGAUGAGCGAAACAAAUGGGUUGGAUGAAGCUAAUAACGUAACACCAUCAGAAGCCAGUAAAAAUAAGAUUUUAAACCUAAUAAAAGGUAUUACUCUAAAUGAUAUUAAUGGUGAAAAAAUGGAACAUAAUAAAGAAAAUAAUACAUAUACCCAGAGUGAUGAUGAUGGAGACGGAGAAUCUGAAGGAAUUACAGAAUGUUUAAGGGCAAUUGAAGAAGAAAGUAAAAUCAAUUCAAAAUUAAUAGGAACAAGUUUAUCAGGCUUCAAUAGAAUAAAUACAGCUUUAAAUAAGUACAUACAACCAAUCACUUAUCUUUGUACUGAAGAAAAUUGUGAUGGAACAUUAACAUCUACCCGAUUCGUACAGCAACAUUUAUUUACUGAAACUGAAGUGUAUGCAAAUUCACGGCAAUUUUCUCUAAAUGAAUUUACUACAGAUAUAUAUUUAAAUGAUGACAGAUAUUGUAAGAAGCCCGUCCCAGUUGCUACAGCACUGUCUUACCGCCGAACGAGUGAGACCAAAACAUUAGCCACCUGCGAUGAAAAGUAUCGAACGAACAUCGAAAUCGAUAAUUAG